UAUGUGAGUCUAACGUCUGUGGUCCUAUCCAUGGACAACAGCCGCUCCCUGGACCUGGACGGCAUCAUCGCCGAGGUCAAGGCCCAGUAUGAGGACAUCGCCAACCAUAGCCGGGCUGAGGCUGAGACCAUGUACCAGAUCAAGUACGAGGAGCUGCAGACAUUGGCUGGGAAGCACGGGGAUGACCUCCAUCGCACGAAGACGGAGAUAUCUGAGGUGAAUCGGAGCAUCAGCCGACUCCAGGCUGAGAUUGAGGCCCUCAAAAACCAGAGGGCUGCCCUGGAGGCUGCCAUUGCCGAUGCUGAGCAGCGCGGGGAGCUGGCCAUUAAGGACGCCAAUGGCAAGGUGGCCGAGCUGGAGGCCGCCCUGCAGCGAGCCAAGCAGGACAUGGCCCGGCAGCUGCGCGAGUACCAGGAGCUCAUGAACGUCAAGUUGGCCCUGGACAUCGAGAUCGCCACCUACCGCAAGCUGCUGGAGGGCGAGGAGAGCCGGCUGGAGUCUGGGAUGCAGAACAUGAGUAUCCAUACUAAGACGACCAGCGGCUUCUCAGGUGGCCUGAGCUCGACCUAUGGGGGCCUCCCAAGCCCUGGCCUCAACUAUGGCCUGAGCUCCUUUCAGUCCAGCUUUGGCUCCUCCGGGUCCUUCAACCGUGGCAGCUCCUCCAAGGCUGUGGUGGUGAAGAAGAUUGAGACCCAUGACGGGAAGCUGGUGUCCGAGUGGUCUGAUGUCCUGUCCAAGUGAACAACCACCGUGGUCCCAUCCAGCCUCCCCGCUUUCGUGGCUGCCAUAGAGCCUUUGAGGGAAGGAGCUGUGUAGGGGAGCAUUGGGAACAGGAGACCCACCUAAGACUCACUCAGCCCCAGUCCUCAGCCUGCCCCUGGGGGGAGUCUGCUGCCCUGGGUACCCCCUCUUGUCCAUGCCUCCAACUAAAAGCCAAUUUGAGUGUCUUGUCCCAAAUAAAGCCUCAGCCGGCUCUGCCCAUCCCAAAAAAAAAAAAAAAAA